AUGUACUACCGGAAUGCUCAGAGCGCGCUGGUAGUUUACGAUGUGACUAAACCGGCCUCGUUUGUGAAGGCCCGUCACUGGGUCAACGAACUCAAGGCCCAAGCCAGUCCUGGCAUCGUCAUUGCCCUGGUCGGUAAUAAAGUGGAUUUAGUAGAAUCGGAUGAAGACGGCUCGUCAGGUGAUGCCGCUAAUGGCGACGGUUCAGCAGGGUCUGAAGGAGGGUCUGAAUCAGCCAGAAAAGUCGCUAUUGAAGAAGGAAAGGCUCUAGCAGAGAACGAAGAUCUGCUGUUUUUCGAAACAUCGGCCAAAUCCGGACUCAAUGUGCGUCAAGUGUUCCUGGCCAUUGCCAAUAAGAUCCCACAAGAAUCAGGUCGACGAGUAGCCACGGCCGUCAACGGAGCCCGCACCGGCGCCGAUGCCGGCGGUCGUGUCGACCUCAACACGCCCGCCACGGCCUCGUCGUCGCCAUCCGCAUGCAACUGCUAG